CGGCCGGAGUGUGGGGGGCUACGUGCACAUCUGACGCCCGGGACCUGCGAGUUACUUACUGUAUGUUAUUAAUCUGAUCGUCUUUAGUUUGCCACGUUUUAUCACUGCUUAACACAGUUAAGUGCUGGAGUGCUGGAACAUGGAAGUGGAAAAGGAAAUUAAAAAGAUAACGCUCGGCCACGAGAUCGGCGCAGGAGCAGCGUGUCUGAAGUGCAAGGACAAAUGCGAGGGCUUCGAGCUGCACUUCUGGAGGAAGAUCUGCCGGAACUGCAAAUGCGGCCUGGAGGACCACGAUGUGCAAAUGGCGACGGAGGAUGACAGGAAGGUGGGGAAGCUGUUUGAAGAUACCAAGUACACGGGCCUCAUGGCCAAGCUGAAGAAGGACGGGCUUCCCAAUUACAGCAGCAGCAUGGCAACCGUCGUCAAUGCCACUCCCGCCAAGAAGGACGUCGCCGUCAAGGCCGUGGCAUAUGAGUGGACGCCGCCUGUAGCCAAUCAGAGCCUGGCGGCGCGCUACAUUGAGCUGCUCCCUGCGGAGAAGCGGCCAGUGGCCGGUUCGGAGGGCGCCGUGUACCGUAAGAAGCAGCUGGCUAAGCAGCUGCCCGAACAUGACCAGGACCCCUCCAAGUGCCACGAGCUGUCCCCUGGGGAGGUGAAGCAGAUGGAGCAGUACGUCAAGAAGUAUAAGCAGGAGGCGCUGGGCGUGGGUGACCUCCGACUGCCCGAGGAGAUGAGCCAGGCCCUCACAGGGGCCCCAGGUAGGGCAGGACCCGGAGUUGGAGCCGGAGUUGGAGCUGGAGCUGGAGUCGCAGCUGGACCUGGAGCUGGAGUCGGAGCUGGAGCUGGAGCUGGAGUCGGAGCUGGAAUUCCACCUGGAGCUGGAGCUGGAGCUGGAGCUGGAGCCGGAGCUGGAGCCGGAGCCGGAGCCGGAGUUGGAGCUGGAAUUCCACCUGGAGCCGGAGCUGGAGUUGGAGCUGGAAUUGGAACCAAAGCUGGAGCAGGAGUUGGAGCUGGAAUUCCAACUGGAGCUGGAGCUGGAGCUGGAGCUGGAGUCGGAGCUGGAGCUGGAGUCGGAGCCGGAGCUGGAUCGUGCCAGCACUGCCAGCAGCCGAUGCGGGAGGGUGAGCCGGCGGUGUACGCAGAGCGGGCGGGCUACGACAAGCUGUGGCACCCGGCCUGCUUUGUGUGCUGCACCUGCACCGAGCUGCUGGUCGACAUGAUCUACUUCUGGAAGAAGGGCAAGCUGUACUGUGGCCGUCACUACGGCGACAGUGAGAAGCCCCGCUGUGGAGGCUGUGAUGAGCUGAUCUUCAGUAAUGAGUACACCCAGGCGGAGGGGCAGAACUGGCACCUGAAGCACUUCUGCUGUUUCGACUGUGACUGUGUGCUGGCCGGGGAGACCUACGUCAUGGAGGGAGAGAAACCCAUCUGCCGGGCCUGCUACAUGAAGAGCCACGCCGUGCGCUGCUCGGCCUGUCAGAACGCGGUGGAGCCGGAGGCGCAGCGGGUGUCGUACGGGGAGCACCACUGGCAUGCCGAGCCCGCCUGCUUCCAGUGCUCCUGCUGCUCCAAGUGCCUGAUGGGACAGCGCUUCAUGGCCGUGCAGGGAAUGCUCUUUUGCUCCGUCGAGUGCAAAAAGAAGACCCUGGCCUAGAGGCGCGCCCUCCGAAAUCUGCCCUCCUCCUGCCCCUCGAACCUUCUCACGGUCUUCUAAUGGCCAGUAGCUGUUCAGCGCCACCUAGAGGCCUACAAAGGAAGUCUUUUCUAUGCCCCUGUACAGGAAGCAGUGCACUUUGCAUUAAUGUGAACCACGGUACCGAAAUGUUCUUCUCUGCACCUGUGCCACACUUGUUUCAGGUGCGGGGUGUUUGUGGGGAUCGUACUGAUCUCUGCUGCAGAGCCGUUGGCCAGGCCAAUCAGACGCCUGCGUUCCUGCAGAGGGGUGUGUGCAGUAUUAUUGUCCUGUUCCAGGGUCUCACUCUAUCACAGCAAUGCUACGCAAAGUGUCAGUUUCCACAACCGUGUUUCUUUAAGUGCCAUUAUUUCCUUUCUGUCUGAUCAAAUGCACUUUAUACUGUCUUAUGCACGCUUGAUCCGCUCUGGAACCGAAUAAACAUUUGAAUUAAACGAGGUGCCUGUGGUUCAGGUCUGUCUCUGCUCCUGGCGUGGAGCUGUCCUCCCAGGCCGAUCUUCUUAGCCAGCCUCACGCUGAAGGAUGUGGAGUGUAGAGUACAGGUGCGCCUUA